AUGUCGCCAUUUGAGGCCCUAUAUGGAAAGAGUUGCAGGUCUCCCGUAUGCUGGGAUGAGGUUGGUGAGCGAAAGUUGCUAGGACCUGAGCUAAGACAUACCAUGAAUGAGGCAAUACAGAAGAUCCGAGCAUGUAUGCAAAUAGUUCAAAGCAGACAUAAAAGUUACUCCGAUGUUAGCCGUAAAGACCUGAAAUUUGAAACUGGUGACAAAGUGUUUUUGAAAGUAGCAACUGUGAAAGGUGUUCUAAGGUUUGGUAGGAAGGGGAAACUAAGUCCACAAUUUAUUGGACAUUUCGAGGUAUUGGAGCGAAUUUGGCCCUAUAGCUUAUCGAUUGGCGUUGCCACCAUCUCUAUCUUCGAUUCACAGUGUUUUCCAUGUUUCGUUGUUGAGGAAGUAUGUGAUGGAUUCAUCCCAUGUGGUGGACUUUGA